AAUCAGAAUGAAUUUAUAGGGUUAGUAGAUUUAUAGCAAACAAUGGAUCUAAAUAAUAUUAUAAAAUGAUACAGUGUUAAGAUUAUUGAUGAAACUAAUAUUCAACUACUAAACACAUAUCAAUAAGUACUUGAACAGUGUUAUUUCAAAAGGAAAACAACUAUAAUGGCAUAUAACCUUGAAUCAUCUUUUCAACAAGCGUCUGACCUUAUUCAUGACUUUACCUGCUCUCCAUGUAAAGAUGAUGGAUUAAAUAAUGAGGCACAUUUCUUUUGUGAUGAGUGCAAGAAAUAUUACUGCAACAACUGUGUACAGUUACACAACAAACUGUUCAGGACACAUUCAGUGCUUGGAAGACAAGAUGUGAGCAAGUGGGUGGGGUAUGCAGGACUGAGCCCCAUAGAGAAAUGUGACAAACAUGGUGACAAGAAGCUUGAGCUGCUCUGCGAGGACCAUGACGAGCUUUGUUGCCCCAUUUGUGUCUCCCUUACACACAGAAUGUGCCAGAGCAUCAAACACAUUCCAGACCUGUCUAAAGGACUAAAGACACAAAUAGACUUCAAGAAACUGCCAGCUGAUGUUGAUACUAUCACUACCAGACUUCAAGGAAUCACCAAGAAAAGAACACACAACAAACAGUCUCUAAAAGAUUCUGGAAAGAAAAUACUUGCCGAAAUAAAAUCACUGAGGAAGAAAGUGAUUGAAAAGUUUGAUGAUAUAGAGAAAAAGACAAAAGACAUCUUAGAAAACCAGCUCCAUGAGGCAGAUGAUUUCCUUCAGGACGACAUUGACAAAUGCACAAAGCUCACAGACAAACUCAAAACUUACCUUAACACCAUCCAAUCCCAGCAAGAUGACAACAUCUCCUACAUAGCAUACAAGAAAUGCAAGGACAAGAUGAGUGACGCAGAGAGCCUGCUACAAGAACUCUCAACCAAGCCUGACACAAGCCUCACAUUCCAGGCUGAUCCCAGGUUUGAACAGUGCCUUUCAGGGUUAAAUGCUUUAGGGAAAAUCAUAACAUUCCCAAGCAAAGACAUGCUUAAUAAAUUUGACAUAUCGCAUGUGUUUAAGAUAAAAGCCAGAUCACAAUACAUUGUUAAAAUGCCAAGUGAUAAAAAGAUGUGUGGAAUAAAUGGUAUAUGUAAGCUGCCUGGAGGAGAGAUUCUCAUCACAGACUACAACAACACCAACUUGAAGCUACUGAACUCCCAGUAUCAGGUGACAGCCACAUGUGACCUCCCUGCUAAACCUAACCAUCUAUGCCACAUUGCAGGAUAUGAGGCAGCUGUAACUCUCGAUGACAAAAGUGUCCAUUACAUCACAGUUGCAGGUAGUACACUGACUGUUUCAAGGAAGAUGACAUUUCCACAUGAUUGUAUAGGUAUUUCUCACCACAAUGGUAACCUCUAUGUAGGAUCCUGGACAGCAAUUUACCAGUACACAAUGUCAGGUCAGCUGGUGAAAAAGAUAUACGAAGACAAUAGUGCCAGUGGCACAGUGAAUGCAUUCACAGUGAGCAGAGAUGGAACCAAAAUCUACAUUCCUGCUUCAUCUCACAACAAGCUGAUCACCAUUGACACAAGUGGGAACAUUCUGUCAACUCUACUGGACCCUGACAUUAACUGGCCUUAUUCAGUGUGUGUGAGUGAUAGAGGACAUACGUUUGUCUGCUCUAAUUGUUCCAAGACAGUGACCCAGGUGGACAAGGAUGGCAAACACAAACUUGCCACAGUGGCCAUAUGGAAAGGUGGACUCCGCAAUCCAUCGUCAAUAUGGUUCGACAAUCCAACAAGCAAUCUGAUUGUUGGAGGAUGUCAAAAUGAACUUUCAGUGUUUGCGCUAGAAUAACUUUCCAGAAAUUAUGAGAAAAAAGAAUCACCUAUAUAGUAAAAGAUGUUAACACAAUUUCUAGAAGGGAUUAAAAGAAAAAUGCAUUACAUCAUGCACACCAUCAAUGAAACAUGAAAUGUAUUUAUUUAAGUUUUUAAUUUUAUUUUUUCUGCAAAUCAAAUUUAUUUCGAUUAAGGUUUGUUAAUAUAUUUUUAUAAAUAAGGAUAUUGACAUUGUGACAAUGAAAAUAAUUUUACUUACUUAAAUUUCACAAUAACCUGUCACUAGCUGAAAGGGAUUUCAACAUCAAAUGAAAUCUGACUUUCAAAUAAUUAUAUGAUCUAUGUUCAUUUUCAAAUCUUCCGUAUGUUUGUUUGAUAUAUGUGUAAAACUUUUAACUUUAAUGUAUAUAGCUCUUUAUCAAAGGUUUGGACAGCUUCCUGGUACCCACGGGCCUUGUACGUUUCAGCGGGAAUCCGUGAACAAUUUUAGUGCCCCGUACCCAAUAAUAAAUAGAAAUGAACUACACAUUACAGCAAAAAAAAAAUGUUUUUUUUUAACUGAUGUCAUAUUUUCAGAUUACAUGAACAAAGACAGUAUUUCAUCUUUUCUUUUGACAAACAAUAAUUUUUUUAACAACAUGGUUUCUUAGCUAAAAGACCGUACUUAUUAUUCUAAUUUCAUAUUUAUUAUGCAGCUUGAUAUUCAGUUUUCAUAUAAAGAAACCUGCUGAUAAUCUGGUACCCAGGUCCAAAGUUUUUCUACCGUCCAAUCCCUAUCUGUAUCAUGUUGAUCAUUAUCACAAUACUAUUUCUUUACUAGUUUACCAUAGUGAUGAUGCAACUUUUCAUGAAAGAAGUUUUUAAAUCUAUGUUAUUGUUCAUCUAUAAAACAUAGUUUUUCCUCUCAAAAUGUUGUUUUCUAUUCCACAGAACAUAUACCAAGAAUAUUCCAGGGGCAGAUCCAGGAAUUGAAGUUACAGGGGGAAUAACUUAGGGGCACAAUCUUUAAAAUGCAUUCCUCCCUUGAUACCGAAAUUUAUAUGGUUUUAAAUGUUGGCAAGUGGUUUGGGGGUACUACCAAAAGACAAUUUGGUCCAUUUGCAAACUAUUUUAUUACUUUUGUUCUCUGACAUUGACAAAAUAAGAUCUCCCUCCCCCUUAAUGCUUGUGAUAAGGUUACUAACUGAAAGACACAUCAUAUCAUUUAUAUAAUAACAUAUAAAAUAUACAUGUAUAUAUAAUAAUUAUUAAAACCAACAUAA